CAUCUUUGAAAAAACCUAGUUCUUACGUCAUCUCGUGAUUGCUAAGUGUGUAUGCGUGUGAUCUUUCUUUGCUCUUCACCGGCGGUGUCAAUAUAAUUGAUUUAGUUCUUGGUGAAUUAUAGGAAGAUUUUUCUAGACUUUAUUUUAUUUUUGGGUUAUGAGUGGUGAAAAGAAGAGAAGAUAGAUUAAAGUCUUUGGUGUCUUUUCUCAGACAAGAAUCUUUUUUGGUGUAAUUAACACUUGCAUGGCUGUGAAGACUCUGUGUAGUCUGUAAAGCUUACACGAGGAUUUUGCUGCUCCCCUCUCUCUGUGAUAAUAUCUCUCCCACCGUUCCCUUUCUAGCUUCUCACCAUCUGUUUCUUUUGGCUCUAUUUACUUACCAUCUCUCUCGAUGAUAACGACUUGAAACCCACCUCAAGAAAGUUUUUUAAAAUAUAUAUAUCCUCAAAUUAAGCCUUUUGUCUCGUGUAUAAGGAUCACUGGUCCUUUUUUCUUUUGAGUGGCUGUGAAGAUGUGUGAUUCAUGUGCCCUUCCUGGUUACUCUCUGGAUUGAAACUGAGCUUCUUUAGGUUCUGUUUUGGUGUGAGCGUAUGCCUGGGAACAAGUACAACCUCAGUUCUUCUCACAUCCCCCUCUCUCGGACAGAACGGCUCUUGAGAGAAAGAGAGCUUAGAGAUAAGAGGAGGAGCAACCGUGCUCUCAAUCCCAAUGACAAUCCUGACAACUCUGAGAACGACCUGCGUUUAGAAGGUGACAGUUCAAGGCAACAAUAUGUUGAGCAGUACCUGGAAGGUGCUGCUGCUGCUAUGGCUCACGAUGAUGUCUGCGAGAGACAAGAAGUAAGGCCUUACAACAGGCAACGGCUCCUUGUAGUGGCUAACAGGCUCCCUGUUUCUGCUGUGAGAAGAGGUGAAGAUUCAUGGUCUUUGGAGAUCAGUGCUGGUGGCCUAGUUAGUGCUCUCCUAGGUGUGAAGGAGUUUGAAGCCAGAUGGAUUGGAUGGGCUGGCGUUAAUGUGCCUGAUGAGGUUGGACAGAAGGCACUUACCAAAGCUUUAGCUGAGAAGAGGUGUAUACCUGUGUUCCUUGAUGAAGAGAUUGUGCAUCAGUACUACAACGGUUACUGCAACAACAUCCUAUGGCCUCUGUUUCACUACCUUGGACUUCCACAAGAAGACCGUCUCGCCACAACAAGAAGCUUCCAGUCUCAGUUCACUGCGUACAAGAAAGCAAACCAAAUGUUUGCUGAUGUUGUGAAUGAGCAUUAUGAAGAAGGAGAUGUUGUCUGGUGCCAUGAUUAUCAUCUCAUGUUCCUUCCUAAGUGUCUCAAGGAGUACAAUAGUAAGAUGAAAGUUGGUUGGUUUCUCCACACACCGUUCCCUUCUUCUGAGAUACACAGGACGCUUCCUUCAAGAUCAGAGCUGCUUAGAUCAGUUCUUGCUGCUGAUUUAGUAGGUUUCCAUACGUAUGACUAUGCAAGACACUUUGUGAGUGCGUGUACUCGGAUACUUGGGCUUGAAGGAACACCUGAGGGUGUUGAGGAUCAAGGCAGGCUUACUAGAGUAGCAGCUUUUCCAAUUGGUAUAGAUUCUGAGAGGUUUAUAAGAGCACUUGAAGUACCAGACGUGAUACAACACAUGAAGGAGUUGAAAGAACGGUUUGCUGGCAGAAAGGUGAUGUUAGGUGUUGAUCGGCUUGAUAUGAUCAAAGGGAUUCCACAGAAGAUUCUUGCAUUUGAAAAGUUUCUCGAGGAGAACGCAAGCUGGCGUGAUAAAGUGGUGUUACUGCAAAUUGCAGUGCCGACAAGAACAGAUGUCUCUGAAUAUCAAAAACUGACAAGCCAAGUUCAUGAGAUUGUUGGACGCAUUAAUGGUCGUUUUGGGACACUGACUCAAGUUCCAAUACAUCACCUGGAUCGUUCUCUGGACUUUUAUGCUUUAUGUGCACUUUAUGCCGUCACAGAUGUUGCACUUGUCACAUCUCUGAGAGAUGGGAUGAACCUUGUCAGCUACGAGUUUGUUGCUUGCCAAGAGGCUAAAAAGGGUGUUCUCAUUCUCAGUGAGUUUGCAGGUGCUGCACAAUCACUAGGUGCUGGAGCCAUUCUUGUGAACCCUUGGAACAUUACAGAAGUUGCUGCCUCCAUUGGCCAGGCUCUAAACAUGUCACCUGAAGAAAGAGAGAAAAGACAUAGGCAUAACUUUCACCAUGUCAAAACUCACACUGCUCAAGAAUGGGCUGAAACUUUUGUCAGUGAACUAAAUGAUACUGUGAUUGAGGCACAACUAAGAAUUAGCAAAGUCCCACCUGAGCUUCCACAGGAUGAUGCUAUUCGCCGGUAUUCAAAGUCCACCAACAGACUACUAAUCCUGGGCUUCAAUGCAACACUGACUGAGCCAGUGGAUAACCAAGGGAGAAGAGGUGAUCAGAUAAAGGAGAUGGAUCUUAACUUACACCCAGAGCUGAAAGGACCGUUAAAGGCACUAUGUAGUGAUCCAAGUACUACCAUAGUUGUCCUAAGCGGAAGCAGCAGAAGCGUUUUGGACAAAAACUUUGGAGAGUAUGAUAUGUGGUUGGCAGCAGAGAAUGGGAUGUUCUUAAGGCUUACAAAUGGAGAGUGGAUGACUACAAUGCCAGAACACUUGAACAUGGAAUGGGUUGAUAGCGUUAAGCAUGUUUUCAAGUACUUCACUGAGAGAACACCAAGGUCACACUUUGAAACAAGAGAUACUUCUCUUAUAUGGAACUACAAAUAUGCUGAUAUUGAAUUUGGGAGGCUUCAAGCAAGAGACCUGUUACAACACUUAUGGACAGGACCAAUCUCUAAUGCAUCAGUUGAUGUUGUCCAAGGAAGCCGCUCUGUUGAGGUCCGCGCCGUAGGUGUGACCAAGGGAGCUGCAAUAGAUCGCAUUCUAGGAGAGAUAGUGCAUAGCAAGUCCAUGACCACACCGAUAGAUUACGUCUUGUGCAUUGGCCAUUUCUUGGGGAAGGACGAAGAUGUGUACACAUUCUUUGAGCCAGAACUCCCAUCAGACAUCAUCCCAGCCAUUGCACGGUCCAGACCAUCAUCUGAUAGUGGUGGAACCAGAUCAUCAUCAGUAGGAGGGGACAGAAGACCGCCUUCAAAGUCAACACACCACAACAACAACAACAACAGCAAAAGCAGUUCAAAAUCUUCCUCCUCUAACUCUAACCACCACAACAACAAGGCCUCAUCACAGAGAUCUCUUCAGACAACAAAAAGCGGUUCCAACAACCAUAGCUUAGGGAACUCAAGACGUCCUUCACCGGAGAAAAUCUCUUGGAACGUGCUUGACCUCAAAGGAGAGAACUACUUCUCUUGUGCGGUUGGUCGCACACGCACCAGUGCUAGAUACCUCCUUGGCUCUCCUGAUGAUGUUGUUUGCUUCCUUGAGAAGCUCGCCGACGCGCCAGCGCCUAACUCAUCUUAGAUUCCUAGACUGUCUGAACUGUGAGAGUUCUUGUAACCCCAAUAAGUAACCAUUACCAGACUUUUUUUAGUGGUUUUGAUUCUAAUCUAAUAAAGAGUAGAUCAAGUGAUGAAUAAAAAUACUUAGAAUAAUCAAACUGUAACACA